AUGAACCAACCAAGUCUCGCUCAUCGACUAAGCCUACGGCUCAUCUCCCCUCUAGGAAUCGCAUCCCGAGGUAUGGCCAAGAAGCUAUGGCGCAGACUGCGACCCAUCAAGAUACAGAUCAGCUCGCCGGUCUUGAAACCGCUGCCCGAUGCACUGGACUAUCAGCGUGCCUCGUCGCCAAGCUAUCGUGGCGUGUCAUAUAACCGGAUAUCGACGCUCAUGGACGUGGAUUACUUCCGCGGCAGCACGAAUCCAGGUGGGAAGAACUCUGGAAUACUGAAAGUGCUCAAUCCGGACCCCUCAUCCAAAGCGUCCAGCGUGGAUGUCCGCGGGAAGCCAUUUUCCAUAGCUCCAAACCCUCCUAUCGGUGCAGGCCCUCCCCGUCUGCCGGUACUUUCCUUCAUGGUUAGCCCCGAUCCACCUUUGUCGUCUAUGAUCGCAACGGCUCUUGAAGGACUGAGAUGUUCGCCACACGCGAGCUGGAUAACCGAAGAGGAAGAUAUGAGCCCGUCGUCGCCUCCCGCUUCAGAGAUGGACAGCCGCUCGGAUGUUCCAUCGCAGCCAACAACCAAGCAUACCAUUGCGCGAAAACCACUCCCUUGCCCAAAGGACAUUCUAUUCCCUCUUAGAAUCACCUCGGAUUACAAGCGUGACUGGAAUAUGGCUCGACUUGGCUGUCACCGUCAAACCAGCAGCAAUCCCAGCACCACAGAGACCAUCACUGUCAAAAACGCCCGGCACUCAAUUCAAACAACAGAGUGCUUUACUUCCGUUUCAGCCGACAAUCCUCGCAGCUCGUUCGGCGCCAAGAGCUGGACCUCACAGGACGUGUACCGCAACAAGCAAUCGCACAUCGCCGCAUACCUCGCAACGCUAGAUUACUCUGAAAUCCGGCGAGGGGUCGCCCCAAGCAUCCACAGCUUGUCAACCCGGGUUUCUUCUGGUAUCUCAUCAGUCUCCGGUGUCAGCCGAGGCACUUGGCGCAACAACUCCGUUGUAUCUGGUCCUGACGAGUUGUCGUUCGUGGCCAUCGCUGGGUUGGUCGCUCAGCACCGCAGAGGGCUCGGUGGAGUUUUGGAAAGAAAUUAUCGUUGA